GAAGCAACAAUCUAAUGUUUAAUUAUCAAAUUUUGUUUUUAUUUCAAUUAUUAAUUAAUUAUAGCACAACAAAUUGUUUUAGUUUGACUGAAUCUGUAGCUACAUCAACUACUAUAAUUCCAAAAAAUUUAUCUAAUUUUGAAAAUAUCACUUUAGGUGGAGAAAAUGUAACUAAUAUACAACAAGUAUUAUCUAAUACAAAUACUUCUUUGACAGAAGAUGUGGAGGAUGAUGAAUCGUCAGAGCCAGUAGAAUUUCUUGAAACAAUGAAUGGCGAUAAUUUGGUUAAGGGAGAUAAAGUUAUUGAAGUUCGAACAGAAUGGAAUACACAUGUAGGGGAUGAUGAUGCUGAAGCUACUGAAUAA